AUCUUCCAUUCGCGUGUUCGCGCGGCUUGUUGUUAUUGUGUUUGGGCUAAAGUUGGACGGACAAAUUAAAAGAAUUAUGUGGUGAUAACGAAUGCUAGUGAUUUCUGCGUGCUAUAGGGCCACUAUGUGCAAUCAAUAAAUUUAAUGUAGAUCAUAAUAUGUUAACAAGCAGCGUCAGUUGUAGCUGUUGACGAAUUUCCAAGUGCUGCGCAAGCUUCGUACCAACAAGGUCCAGCGCCAGGCCACAACAAAAGCUGAAGCAAUUAAAAAAAUCAAUCAGAAUUCUAAUUGAAAGCUGUGACAUGUCACCGCCAAAAAACUGUGCCGUGUGCGGCGACAAGGCCCUUGGCUACAACUUCAACGCCGUAACUUGCGAGAGCUGCAAGGCAUUCUUUCGCCGGAACGCUUUGGCCAAGAAAUCGUUCACCUGUCCAUUUAACCAGAAUUGUGACAUCACAGUGGUAACGAGGCGCUUCUGCCAAAAGUGCCGCCUGAAAAAAUGCCUGGACAUUGGCAUGAAGAGCGAGAACAUCAUGUCCGAGGAGGACAAGCUUAUCAAGCGGCGCAAGAUCGAGAACAAUCGCGCCAAACGCCGCCUGAUGGAGCAUGCCGGCGGGGACGGUGCCUCGGAUCCCGAUGAUAGCAAGGCUCAAGCUGACAGCAGCAGCAACCUGGAGUUGUACUCCGGAUCGCAGGACUCGCAGAGCUGCGGGUCGGCGGAGAGCGGCGCCAAUGGCUGCGUGGCUGGACGAUCGUCGAGCGAAAUAAACCCGCUUCUGAUGACGGCCGAUAAAAUCGUUGAACAGAUUGUCUCCGACCCGGAUCGUGCAUCGCAGGCCAUCAACAAAUUGAUGCGCACCCAGAAGGAGGCCAUCUCGGUAAUGGAGAAGGUCAUUGGCUCACAAAAGGAUGCCCUCCGACUGGUCUCCCAUUUAAUUGACUAUCCAGGCGAUGCGCUCAAGAUUAUAAGUAAAUUUAUGAACUCGCCGUUCAACGCUUUGACAGUAUUCACGAAAUUCAUGAGUUCCCCCACGGACGGGGUUGAGAUUAUCUCCAAGAUUGUUGACUCGCCAUCAGACGUAGUGGAGUUCAUGCAGAACCUGAUGCAUUCGCCGGAGGAUGCCAUCGACAUCAUGAAUAAGUUCAUGAACACCCCAGCGGAGGCUCUCCGAAUCGUCAAUCGGAUCUUGAGUGGCGGCACAAACAGUGCCCAACAAACAGACCGCAAGCCAUUGCUGGACAAGGCUAGCGGCGGACAGGAGUCAGAACGGAACGGAAAGCCAGCCAGUGAACGAUUGGAUACGGUUAUACAGUCCAUGCUGGGGAGCGGGAGCCCCUCGCCAAUCAACACCAGCGCCAGCUCGCCCCACGACGUUGCCGUCGACUUGCAGUACCAUUCGCCCAGUUCCAACCAAAUGGGAAGUGAGCAGCCCAGCACAUCGAGCAGCCAUCCAUUGCCCGACAUUGCCAAUUCGCCUGACUUUGACCUGAAGACCUUCAUGCAAACCAACUACAAUGACGAGCCCAGUCUGGACAGUGAUUUCAGCAUCAAUUCGAUUGAGUCUGUGCUGUCGGAGGUCAUUCGGAUCGAGUAUCAGGCAUUCAACAGCAUUCAGGCAGCGUCGCGGAUAAAGGAGGAGAUGUCCCACAUGGGUGGUCAGUCCUCCUACAGUGGCUGUAAUGCGAACACAAACCACAACCAGCAGCAGAAUCUGCCCCAGCAGCCAAUUUGCGCUCCCUCGAGCAUGCACAUGGACCGCGAACUGAACGAAGCUGAGCAAAUGAAGCUGCGCGAACUGCGCUUGGCCAGCGAAGCUCUCUACGAUCCCGUAGACGAGGAUCUAAGUGCCCUGAUGAUGGGCGACGAUCGCAUUAAGCCCGACGACACACGCCAUAAUCCGAAGCUGUUGCAACUGAUCAAUCUGACGGCCGUGGCCAUUAAGCGUCUAAUCAAGAUGGCCAAGAAGAUAAGUGCAUUCCGUGACAUGUGCCAGGAGGACCAGGUGGCCCUGCUCAAAGGCGGCUGCACCGAAAUGAUGAUAAUGCGUUCGGCGAUGAUCUAUGACGACGAUCGCAAUGCGUGGAAAGUGCCACACACCAAAGAAAAUAUGGGCAACAUUCGGACUGAACUACUGAAGUUUGCCGAAGGCAAUAUUUAUGAGGAGCAUCAGAAAUUUAUUACCACCUUUGACGAGAAAUGGCGCAUGGAUGAGAACAUAAUUUUGAUAAUGUGUGCCAUUGUCCUCUUCACUUCAGCUCGAUCCCGAGUGAUACACAAAGACGUGAUUAGAUUGGAACAGAAUUCCUACUACUAUCUUCUGCGAAGAUAUUUGGAGAGUGUUUACACUGGCUGUGAGGCGAAAAAUGCGUUUAUCAAGCUAAUCCAAAAGAUUUCAGAUGUGGAGCGUCUGAACAAAUUCAUUAUAAAUGUAUAUUUAAAUGUUAACCCAUCCCAGGUAGAACCUUUACUGCGUGAAAUAUUUGAUUUGAAAAAUCACUAAAACGAUUUGCAACGGGCAUCAAAUGCCUUUGUCCUGUUAUAAUGGAGAAUCAGCGAGCUGUAGUUGUUGUUGUUUUAAUCGUAAUGUGCGUCGCUCACUGAUUUUUGUUUUAUCUGUCGCUUAUAAUGUUAGAUUUUAGUCGAAUGUGAUUGUUAGAUUUGCAAAUACUAUAUAGAUUUUAUAUUUCUACAUCAAAGAGAGCAUAUUUAGGAUACAAGUGCAAAGCAACACAAUCUAAAUGUAAUGUACACCGUUUAAUUAGUUUCAAAUAAACUAAACUCAGAUGCAAA